AGCCAUCCCAUCUCAUCCACUCUCACCACUUGACGAGACCCCUGGCAAUCCAUCCUCCUUCUUUUUUUCCCUCUCUUCGCCUUCUCGUGAUACAGUUCCCCAAUUGUAACUAUCAAGGACGGGCAGGGGUCGGGUCUAGUUUAUUUUUUGGGGGACCCUCACGAUAGAGUACGUCGCGUGCCUGGAUCUCUCCAUCUUUCCUCGCGACUACUUUAAUUCUGCUGCAUCCGGGAUUUAUCUGGGUUUCUUGGAUCUCAUUCAUUCAUCUUCUUGUCUUCAAUUGUCUAGUGAAGAAUAUCAAUUGUCUUAUACAGGGCAUUGACCCUCAUCUCAAUCUCGAAUAUCAACAUCAAAACACACACAAUGUCCACUCACGAAAAGGAAAACCCCAUCGCCCAAGCGGCUUCAGAAUCCGCAGACUCGGAUACACCAGGCUUCCGCCCCAAAGGAUGGAUGUACAAGACCGUCCGCAUCGCCGGCGUUGACCUCUGGUACGCCUCGCCCAAAGUCCAACUCCUCAUGGUCUCCAUCGUCUGCUUCUUAUGUCCCGGCAUGUUCAACGCCCUGACUGGUCUCGGAGGUGGCGGCCAAGUCUCCAAUGAAGCCCAGGACCACGCCAACACGGCUCUCUACAGCACUUUUGCCGUCAUUGGUUUCUUCGCUGGUACUUUCGCAAACAGACUUGGACUUCGUCUGACUUUGUCCAUUGGAGGUUUGGGAUAUUGUGUCUAUGCUGCUUCGUUCUUGUGCUAUUCGCAUACCCAGAACAUGCCCUUUGUCGUCUUUGCUGGUGCUCUCUUGGGUCUUUGCGCUGGACUCUUGUGGGCUGCUCAGGGAUCUAUCAUGAUGUCUUAUCCUCCUGAGCAGAGCAAGGGACGAUACAUCUCUUGGUUUUGGGUCAUCUUCAACAUGGGUGCUGUCAUCGGUUCUCUUAUCCCCCUUGCUCAAAACAUCAACAAGAAAGCUGGCCCCGUCUCCGAUGGCACAUACGCCGCUUUCAUCGCUCUCAUGGCCAUCGGUGCCGUCCUCGCCCUCAUGAUCUGCGACGCCGACAAGAUCGUCCGUGAGGACAACACUAAGGUCAUCGUCAUGAAGAACCCCUCAUGGAGCACUGAGAUCAAGGGUCUGUGGGAAACACUCUCCCGCGCCCCCUGGGUCGUCCUCCUAUUCCCCAUGUUCUUCUCCUCAAACAUCUUCUACACUUACCAAAACGUCAACAUGAACCUCGCUCAGUUCAACGUUCGCACUCGCGCUCUCAACAACUUACUCUACUGGCUUGCUCAGAUCUUUGGCGCCCUUAUUGUUGGAUACGCUCUUGACGUCUCUAGCGUCCGUCGCAGUGUUCGUGCAAAGAUCUCCCUGGUCGUCCUCUUUGUUCUGACCUUUGCUAUCUGGGGUGGUGGCUAUGCCUGGCAGAAGGACCAGCGACCUCGUGAGAUCGCCAUGAACCCUGCUAACGAGGAUGACAAGAUUGACUGGGAUGAUGGUGCUCACAAGUUCCUUGCUCCCAUGUUCCUCUACUUCUUCUACGGCUUCUUCGACGCUGCUUGGCAGACUUGCAUCUACUGGUACAUGGGUGCUCUCUCCAACUCUGGCCGCAAGACAGCCAACUUUGCUGGCUUCUACAAGGGUAUCCAAUCCGCCGGUGCUGCCAUCUUCUGGCGUCUCGACGGCCUCGGCAAGCCAUUCGACACUAUCUUUGCCGCCACAUGGGCCUGCCUCGGUGCUUCGCUCGUCAUCGCCGCCCCCGUUAUCUUCAUGAAGAUCCAAGACUCUGUCUCUGUUGAAGAGGAUCUCAAGUUCAGCGACGAGAAGAUCGAGGAUGUCAUUGUCGCACCUACAGAUAAGAAGAUCGCCCUCACAGAGGCGUAGAUAAGGGAGAGAGAUAAAAGGGACUACUAUUUAUAAGAAUACUUAAUAUUUUAAUGAUAUAUCGGCGUUCAGCAUGUAUGCAUUGGGGAGUUGGAUGGGUCACGAUACCCAUGGAUUGGGUUAUUGCUUGACGAUGUAUUUGCAUGAGGCAAGUUAAUGAAGAUUUACGUUUAUAUCUAGAGGUAUACAUGUGCCAUCAA